CCGAAUGUAUUUAACUUUUCCAACAUUUUAGCAUUUCGCUUGGCGUUGGUACAACUUGAAGUAAAUGAAGUAAAACGCAAAAAUGUAGAGCGGGCAGUUUCCUACAUUUCUAGCGCAAAAGAGCGCAAUGCUGAUAUUAUAGCUCUUCCUGAAUGCUUUAAUUCACCAUAUGGAAUACAGUACUUUCGAAAAUACGCCGAGAGUAUUCCUGAUGGUGAAACGAGCGUUGCUUUAUCGAAUGCAGCUAAAGAAAACAACAUCUAUGUAGUUGGUGGUACGAUGCCUGAAAUAGAGGGCGAUAAAUUGUACAAUACCUGUACUAUUUGGGGUCCCGAUGGAACUUUGAUAGCAAAACACCGAAAGGUACAUCUAUUCGACAUCGACAUUCCUAAUAAGAUUACUUUUCGAGAGAGUGAUUCACUCAGUCCUGGUAACUCCCUAACGACGUUCGAUGUGAAGGGCUGCAAAAUAGGUAUUGGCAUAUGCUAUGAUAUUAGAUUCGAGGAAAUGGCACGCAUUUAUCGGAACAAAGGUUGCCAAAUGCUGAUAUAUCCAGCGGCAUUCAAUAUGACCACUGGACCACUGCACUGGUCAUUACUUCAGCGUUCCAGAGCGAAUGAUAAUCAAUUAUACGUUGCUUGCAUAUCACCGGCUCGUGUUCCUUCAGCAAGUUACGUCGCAUGGGGGCAUACACAGUUGACCAAUCCCUGGGGAGAGAUUCUUUACGAUUUGGAAACUCAAGAGAAUAUGGCAGUCACCGAUAUCGAUCUAAAAGUUGUUGAGGAAGUAAGGGCUCAGAUACCUACAUUUUCUCAGAGACGUACAGAUUUGUACGACACUGUCUGUAAGAAGGAGUAACUCUACACUAAAACAGAAAAUGUUUUUUUAUAAUAUUUCUACUACAAUAUCCUUUUUUUGCGAAUUAUUACUAAUUUCUUAUCAUUUGUACUAAAUGAAUGACUCAAUUAAGAAAACCAAAACGUUAUAAAUAAUAAUCUGUAUAUCUUGUGUAUCAACAUGUAAUUGGAUAUUAUAAUAAUAUAGGAAUGCUAUAAUAAUAUAGGAUAAUAAUAUAGGAGAAUAGAAUAAUAAUAUAUAAUAAUAAUAUGCUUUUAAACACCUUUAA